CGCGCUUAUGGAAUUUGAAAAUCAUAACUCUUAAUCCCAUUCAACUCCUUGCUUUUAAAAUUAAUACAUUUAUACUCCUGAUCAAUCUUAACAUUUUUACACUGUUCCCAAUAAUACUAUGAACCCCUUCAACAACUUAGUUUAAUAAUAAUAACAACAACCAUAGUUUUGGAACUAAGGCACUAAUUUAAUAGUACAAUAACAAUAAAAUCCUAAUCCUUUUUGCUAAUAGGCCCCAAUAUAAAUGAAUACUUAACAAUUUUUCUAAUAACCUUAAGAACAAAAUGAAGAUGAUUAAGACUAAGAUUAUUAGCCAGAAGAAGAAGAAGAAUCGAGUUCAAGUGAAAGUGAAGGUUUAGAAGAAGAUGUUUAGGAGGAAGGUAUUUAUAUAUUAUAAUAUGUAUAGAAUAAUUUGAUGAUCCUGAUUUUGAUUUAUAAGCUUACUUAAAAGUUCGUGAUCAACUUUGAUAUUAAAAUUUUAUAUUCA